CUCCAGAAUGCAUGGCCAACUCACACAAGUUGCAAGAGACGGAACAUUUAACGAAGGAACUAUCAGUUCUGUUCGGUGAACGUUUCCUCUGACGGACCAGAAAAUCAUAUAUUUGUAAACAGAAUCAGUGAAGCCUCACAUUGUGCCCUUUUGAUGGCAUCAUCAUCAUCAUCCAAUGUGGAGGAGGAGCAUUCUUCUUUGUUACACACAUCCUCAUGUGGAUUCAUGUGAGAGCUGACUCACACAGAGAGAGAGAGAGAGAGAGAGCCAUCAGCCUGUGUAAGAAAAGCAGUGCCACCCCAAGACUGUGUCAUAAGAAUUUCUGGCAAAGGCCAGAGCUAUCAUAAACUCAAUAAGAGUGUCCGCCUCUAGCUAGUUGAUUAACAGAGCUGUGUUAACGAGGAAUUGUUUUCCUGGAAGAAGCCUCCUACCCUCGAGGAACACGGCUUCCCUCUGGGGCUCAGACUGCAGAUGCUUCAGCUGCGAGGUCCAGAACCGCUUGGAUCGUCCCCUGCCCAGAGAACCACCCAGCCCCAUAGAGAACCACCUGCCCUAACAGCCUCCACACGGGGCCAAGCCGAGGAGCACCAUGGAGGAGGUAGAGGACAUUAGCCCUGCCCUGGAGGCCACCGAGGACUUCCUACACUGCCUGGACGGAGGUGGAGGCCAGGGAGGGGAGGGGGUCCGGCAACCCAGGCAGCACCACCCCAAGCUGCAGGAGAUGUCUGUAGCCCUGGGGAAGCUGAGCUCUAGCGGGGUGUGGGGCCUGCUGGCUGGGGAGCAGGGAACAGAGGUGUCCCCGCGUAACGUGGCCUGGGCUGACCAGCCCUCGGCCUUCAGCGUGCUGGCUCUGAGGCAGGGGAAAAGGAGCCGUGCUUGUUCCACUAAUGACCUGGCCGCCCACACCAAGGACACCAACAACACCUCCUCUAACGCCGCCUUUAACAAAGGCCACAACCGCUCGCGGUCUGAUGUUAAUUACCGGCCGUCCUACAUGGACAACGCUAACGGCCUGCCUGCUGUGGACAAGAAUACGCUGAAGAACAUGGCUCUCAACGACCAUAGAGAAGAAGGCCGUAAGGACAGCAGCGGUAGUGUGGUGAAACAGGGUACCCUGGAGCAUCGUGAGGGUCAGAAGGGUUGUUGGAGCGUCUGUCACGUAGAGCUGACCCCAUGUGAGCUGCGCGUCUACAGCCUGGACAGCAGCGGUAACCGGCAGCUCUGCACCUCCUACUCCCUGUCCCACUGCCAGGGGGUCAGCCAGUCCCAGCCGCCCCAGGACGGACGAGUCCUCCAGGCCCUCUUCUUCAACAGCUCCACCCGCCUGCAGUUACGUGCCGCCUGCCAGUGGGAGGUGAUAGACUGGAGGAGGCUGAUCUGGGAGAGAGUACUGGCUGCCCAGCCCGCCCACAAAAAUGCAGAGUGUCUUCCAGCCUUCUCCCCGUCAUCUUCCGUUACCUCUGGAGGUCACGACACUAGACCAGAUCCCCGUGGUCCUGCUGAGGCUGCCCUGGCCCCUGGUUGCUCCCAUCUCUUCCCGGCCCGGCCCACGGCCCUGCCCCUGUUCACCCACUGCUGUACGGAUAUCCUCAAGGCUGGGCUCCUCCACCAGCUGACUGACCAGAACAACUGGAGGACCUUCACCUUCGUAUUGAGUUGCUCCACGCUGCAGGCCUUUCCCACCGAGGGCCGGGGGCCCGUGUCUGAGCCCGUCCUCCACUACCCGCUGGCCUCCUGCCUGGCCGUGCAGAGGGACGAGGCCGAGGGGGUGAGCGCUGGCUGCUUCCAAGGCGUCUUCCCCAGCGAGGUGCUCCGUCUGCGGGCUGAGAGAAAACUCAAGGCCCAGGACUGGGUGGAGGCCCUGCAGAUGGCCGUGGCAGCCCAGAGGCCCCAGGGUGAGGAGGGACAGGGUUCCGGCCAGGCCCAGCCGGGUGCAGUGUCAACGGGGAUUCUGCUGAGGAGCAAGCCCUCCAGGGAGAGGAGGCAGAGGGACACCCAGAGGGCCAAGAGACAGUCAGUCACCACCAGCUUCCUCAGUAUCCUCACUUGCCUGGCUGUGGAGAAGGGCCUGACCACCCAGAGCUUCCGGUGUGCAGGGUGUCAGAAGCAGGUAGGGUUGUCGCGGGGCAAGGCCAAGGUGUGUUGCUACAGUGGCUGGUACUACUGCCAGAGCUGUCACCAAGACAACCUGUUCCUCAUCCCUGCCCGCCUGCUGCACAACUGGGACACCAACAGACACAAGGUGUCCAAGCAGGCCAAGGAGUUCCUGGAGUUUGUUUAUGAGGAGCCCCUACUGGAUGUGCAGCAGUUGAACCCGUGUCUGUAUGAACACUGUGGGGGCCUGGCUGCAGUCCUACGCCUGAGACAGCAGCUCCAGUCCCUCAGAGCAUACCUGUUCAGCUGCCGCGCCGGCGUGGCCGAGGACCUCCGGAGAAGGAUCUUCCCCAGAGAUUACCUACUGCAACAUAUCCACCUGUACUCACUGGCUGACCUGCAACAGGUGAUAGAUGGGACGCUGGCCCCCUUCCUCUCCAAGGUGAUUCAGUUUGCCAGUUCCCACGUCUACAGCUGCAGACAGUGCAGAGAGAAGGGCUUCAUCUGUGAGAUGUGUCAGAACGGACAGGUCAUCUACCCCUUCCAGGAGAGUGCUACUAAGAGAUGUGAUGUCUGCGGAGCGGUGUUCCAUGCAGAGUGUCGUCAGAAGGCCCAGCCAUGUCCACGCUGUGUCCGCAGGGAGCUCCACCACACGAGAACCUCGUCCUUCUGGAGCCCUAACGACGAUACACCAGGCUGCUUCACAAUGCCCUACCAGGACACCUGAUCACACACAGAGAGAGAAACAGCGGACCCACCUCAGAGCUGCUCUUACCAAAGUGUGUGUGUGUGUGUGUGUGUGUGUGUGUGUGUGUGUGUGUGAGAGAGAGAGUCGGCCAGGAUACACAGUAACAGAAGUGUCGAUGACUAAGCAAGGAUCAUGCUCCCUGACACACCUGCUUUUUGAUCUGACAUCACUCUCACCUGGGAGAGAUUGACACUAACGCAACACCCACUGGAGAGGAACUACUCUGCUUUCUGCAUGAGAAACACUAUUUUCACGCCACUUUAAACAGCUAUGACCGGAAGCAGGGGUUGGAACCAUUUGUUUUUAAAUUUCAUUCCACUGUUCUGAUCUGCAAAAUAAAGUUCCAAAAAGUA